ACAAAUGAAACAAAAUUCCCCCAACACACCCAUAGAAAAAAGUGACACCAAUUAAGUUUCUCCUUCCCUUACCCCAAACCCCAACAAGAGAAAAGGCUUCUAUUUCAUGUGUCUCAAUUUUGUGCAGCAGCUCAUGAUCAUCCAUAGAAGAUCUUGAAAGCAGAAGCAGACAUCUUUUUUAUGGGUUGUUAUUGCAUCAACAAUAAUGACAAGUGAGUCCAUUGAUCUGAAUGAAGAAGUUGGUGAUCAUGAAGAAGCCAUUGAAGUUAUUAGUGAUGAAAGUGAGAAAAUUAUAGAAGAAAAUAAUAGUACUAGCUGUGGGAAUUAUGUAAGUAACAAGAGAGUUAGACAAUAUGUAAGAUCAAAAUUACCAAGGCUAAGAUGGACUCCUGAACUUCAUCUCUCUUUUGUUAGUGCCAUUGAUAGACUUGGUGGUCAAGAAAGAGCAACUCCAAAAUUGGUUCUUCAAAUGAUGAAUGUGAGAGGACUCAGCAUUGCCCAUGUAAAAAGUCACCUCCAGAUGUUUCGAAGCAAGAAACUUGGAGAAUUUGGACAAGUACUAAGCCGUGGUCAUAGGACAAAUCAAGGAAGAAGUUACCUCUAUGGAAAAUUAAGCCAAAGAUUGUUUAACCCUCUUCAAGACUUCAAAAUGAAGAAUGGUGCAAUUGUUUUAGCAAGGAAUUUUAAUGAUGAUGACAAUGUUAAUAACAACAAUUUCCAAAAUUCAUUUGCAAGAUCUCAACAUGAAACAAAGGAAAAAUUCUCCAGAUACUUGGAAUGGUCUUCCAAUCAAGAAACCAACAAUUUGUUGAGAAUGAAAAUCUUGGAAAAUCAUGAAAUUUGUCCUGUUAGGCAAAGACAUUUUCUUGAAGAAAACAGGUGGCCUCCAUGUGAAUUCAAUCAAAAUAAAUUGAAUUCUCAAUCUUUGUUUCAUCAUACUGGACCAAAAUGGAGUUGCACAUAUAACAGCCUUGGUCCAAAAUUUAAGACCCCUCUUAGAUUUGAGAUGAAACAAGACAAGGUGUUCAUUAAAGAAAAAGAUUAUUGUCUGCCUGAUUUGCAAUUGGGAUUGAGAAGAACUGAAGACAAUAAUAUUAAUGAGAAAAUUAUUCACCAAAAUAAUAAUAAGAUGGAGUACUCAGAUAUAAACACUAUGCUCUCUCUUUCUUUGCCUUCUUAUUCAUCAAGUGCAACCUAA